UGGUAAGGCUCUGGAGUUUAAAAGUGCUUUAAUCUGCAUCCAGUGCAGAGCAGCUGGUGGCAAAGUAGCAAUAAUCUGGCAACACUGGCAACUUUCUCUUCUGCUGAGGGGUGCUACUGUGAGAGCGUUUUCAAUGGCAAAUAUUGUUGCUUCUGCCUCCUGUGUGGUGCUGGCUAUUCUGGUGAUGUGCGCUCGAGGCCACAGUGGACAGGAAGGAAGGAAAUACUACAAAAGAAUUGGCAGCAAUGUAACCCUGCAGUGUGAGACAUCUGACAGUCAUACUUCAGUGAUAUGGAGAUUUAAUGGGCAUGCGAUAGGCCACAAUGAAGACCAGCUUCUUCAAGGCACCAACCUCACCCUCCGAAACAUAGAUUCAAUACAUAGUGGAACCUAUAGCUGCCAUGAAAAACACAGUGGAAGGUUGAAAAAUCAAAUAACAAUCCAAGUUGGAAAUCCUCCGGUGACACCAACUGUGCUAUGCAGAUCAAACGCUUACCCAGAGACAUUCUACUGCACAUGGCAGCUGUCAAGCCCAACUUACAUUCCAACAGAAUUUGACAUCUCUGUAAGGCAUGGAGAGAAGGAAAUUGAGACCAUUAAGGAUCCCAACCACAAGAAUAGGUGCAACAUAAGAUUUCUGGAAAUGUUUUCUACAAGCAAGUACAUGGUGACUGUAACAGCAAGGAAUGCACUGGGAUCCAACUCUUCAACCAUCUCAUUUAAUGAGAAUGCUAUAGUGAAGCCAGACCCUCCAGAGAUAAUUGAAGUAAAUACAAUUCCUGACUCCCCUCGCAGACUGGAAGUUAAAUGGAGGAAUCCAUUGACAUGGCCGGAGCCAGAUUCUAUCCCUCUCAAGUACUUCCUGAGGUACAAGCCAGUCAUUCUGGAUGACUGGCAACAUGUCGAAGUGACAGAUGUUCCAUUUCAUACAAUCACUGAUGCAUAUAUAGGGAAAGAGCACAUCAUACAAGUUGCUGCUAAGGACAGCGAAGUUGGCACCUGGAGUGAAUGGAGUAAGGCUGUACAUGCUACACCAUGGACACCGACGGUACCAGUGGAUGUGUCUGAAGAAAAAACUAGCAGUGUUUCAGAACCUUUAACUGGUACAACUCCAAGUGUUGGAGACAACCGGCAAAAUAACAGUUCUAUAAGAGUGGAAUCAUCCAUGACACUGUUCCUUGGCAUGAUCAUGAUUUUAUUUAUCUGAUGAUUACUUUGCUUCCCUGUAAUAAAAGACAAAAGCAAAUGUGAGAAUCCAUGCUUUUUAUUUUGCACAUGUGGAUGUGGAUCCAAUGCAUCUCUUUUUCAACAUUAUUCCUAAAAAAAACUCCUAGGAAUGUGAAGUUCAGAUCCCUGUGAAAGUUCACUGGACACAGACACAUAAACUCAAGGAAAGCAAAAGCAUGGAUCCCUACCGGACACGUCAUUCUGCAGAUAUAUUUUUUUGAAGGGCAAAUGAAUACCAUUUAAUCUUGCAUCUGGUGAGCAAAAUAUUUUCAAAAAUUAAUGUGAAAGAAACCAACCACAUACAGCUAAAUCAUCAUGCCAAAGACACCGUGAUCUCCAUGAACUUUUGACCACAAUGCUCUGCUUCCUAAAAUACCUGCAUCUGUGUAGUGAUAGCGGACGCUAAUAGAUGACGGGAUACUGUUGGUAACAGUACUGUGAAAUUUCUGAGAGUAAGGAUUGUGGCCUGUAAUUUUAUCACAGUUGUUUUAAAACAGUUUUUUGUACUUAUGGCUGAUAUGAAAUGAUGGGACUGUAAUGCUCCACUAUGAACAUUAUAUCCUAAUAUGCCUGUGAUGGACUGCAUUGAUUUUUUACUGGAAAACGUAUUUGUAUGCUAGUCAGUUAUAAUAGUAGUAGUGUUGUGAAAACAAAAUCACAAAUUAUCAUUGCUUGUUAGCUUUCUUUUUAAAAAAAAAAUUUUAAAAAAGCAUAAAAACAUAAUAGGGAGCAGUUUAACUUCUCACAUACUUUCCAAUAAUGCAAUCUACAUAAACUUGACGGUACAGAGGUCCAACUUAAAUUUAGUUGUGCAGGGAGAAUGUCAGGAGACCUGUAUCUGUCUAUGAAUUAAUAAUCAGCAUAGAAUUAGUUUUACAGAAGUCAGUAGCUCAGUUCUCAAAGUUCUUCUGUAAAGAAUUUAACAAUUUAUCUUAAACGUGCAAAAAUUACCUAUUUAACAAAUAGUGGUUAAGUGUUAGAAUUAGAAUAUUGUAAGAAUUAGAAACUUGAUCUUUUUUUAAUAAAAAAGCAAAAAUAAGAGCUCA